ACAUGUAUUUUCUUCCGCCACUGCCCGAACUAUUCUUUCCUAUGAGCCGAAACAUCACCAUGUCGUGAUAACCGUUCAUACUUGCAUCCAGCUAAAUUAGAAAAAUAUGACGCGUAUUUUGAAUAAACUUCACAUCUCGUACGUUUUAUUAUUUGUGUUAUAUCAUUCGGAUGUUUUGAACCUUACGUCUGUGACUGCACAAGAGAAUGAUGAGUCACUGGAGCUCGUACUGCCAGAGGAUGCCGUGCCCGACUUGGAGAAUAGCCCAAAGUUUGUGGAGUCAGAAGACCUGGACUCUCUGCCAAAGAGGCAGUUCAAGACAGCUGAGAUCGCAGAUGCUUUGAUGGGAACCGAAACCCCCAUCGAUCCAUCUGACAUCGAGUCCCUAUUCCCCAAAAAUGUGAAAGACUUCCAGUCAGGCUUCUUCUUGCCUUGUGAUGAAAACAGUGCCCAGUGUGGCUCACCUGCUCUGGCUGCUAAAGGAGCGUCACUGGAGGAGAGGAGCGACGAAUCAUCACAGCAGAUCACUCUUGACAUAGUGCGUGCGGACAUCGCGCCAACCGAAGAGCAGAACACCACAGAGACGGCCAAGACGUACAAGGUGAACUGUGAUAAGAGGAACAUCACAGAAAUGGACAAUUUCACGGUGCAGGUCCUCAACGCUUCACAGGACCUGAUGGAGUUCCUGAAUGCGAACAGCACAGAGUGCUCCGUGGUGCUGUUCUUCACCUCCUGGUGCCAGUUCUCAGCCGGCCUGGCUCCUCACUUCAACGCCCUGCCCCGAGUCUUUCCCAGCAUGCACUUCCUGGCACUGGAUGCCUCGCAGCACAGCAGCCUCUCCACGAGGUUUGGGACCGUGGCAGUGCCCAACAUCCUGCUGUUCCAGGGGGCCAAACCCAUGGCUCGCUUCAACCACACAGACAGAACGCUGGAGACGCUCACCUCCUUCAUCGCUAACCAGACGGGGUUCGAAGUCGGCUCAGACAAAAACGUGACGGAUACAGACCGCGUCGGACCCCUGCCCAGCGUCCCGGUGAAGAGCAUCGACUGGCUGCUGGUCUUCUCUGUACUCUUCAUCACAGGCUUCACUACGUACGCCAUCCUGCGGACAGACAGCAUCCGCUGGCUCAUACCGGGACAGGAGCACGAGCAUCAGGACUGAAUACAUAACACAAACAGACUGCAAGUCACUGGGUGUAUAGAUUUUAGUUUGUUAUUAAAUUAACAGUUGCUAAUUUGCUUUUGUUUCAAGUGUGUGAUGAACCAAAUACAUGUAUGUGAGCCAUUGUGAUUUAUAAUAAAUAAUGUAAUGAUA